AUGCUCAUCGGAAUUUGUGGAGGCAUCUGCGCCGGCAAGAAGACAGUGGCCCAGUAUCUUGUCGACCACCAUGGCUUCAAGCACCUCCAUCUCGAGCCACCGUCGUCUGCACCUUCGAUAGUCGGCCAGGACGCCUCAUCCAAUGGCUCCGAAGUCAACUUCCCCGACCAGCUGGGACAGCUCACCCCUGCGCACGCAGACCGCCGCACGACGCCUGCCGAGCACAUCUUCGCCACGGCCCAGGCUCUCCUCGACUACGUGACCUCCCGCUGGCAGGACCGCUGGGUCCUCACCCACGUCCACAGCGAGGCCGUGCUCGACCUCCUCUCCCGGCGUCCCUUCUUCCUGCUCAUCAGCGUCGACGCGCCCCUGACGCUGCGCUGGCGCCGCUUCCAGUCCCUGCCGCCCGCCUCGCACCCCCUCGCCCGCGCGCUGCCGGACCUCGAGGCCUUUGUCACGCACUCGGACGCCCGCCUCUACGACCCGCACACGGGCCUGCAGCCCCUCAUAGCGCGCGCGACCGUGCGGCUGCUCAACACGUCGCCCUCGCUGCCGCACCUCUACGCGACGCUCGCCAAGCUCGACCUGCCGAACCCCGCCCGCCUGCGGCCCUCGUGGGACGCCUACUUCAUGUCGCUCGCGACCCUCGCCUCGCUGCGCUCCAACUGCAUGAAGCGCCGCGUCGGCGCCGUCCUCGUCUCGGGCGCCGAGAAGCGCGUCCUCAGCACCGGCUACAACGGCACCCCGCGCGGCCUCCGCAACUGCGCCCAGGGCGGCUGUCCCCGCUGCAACGAGGGCGGCGCCGGCUCUGGCGCCGGCCUCGCCACCUGCCUCUGCAUCCACGCCGAGGAGAACGCCCUGCUCGAGGCCGGCCGCGAGCGCAUCCGCGACGGCGCCGUUCUCUACUGCGACACGUGCCCCUGCCUCACCUGCAGCAUCAAGGUGUGCCAAGUCGGCAUUCGGGAGGUCGUCUACGCCCAGGGCUACAGCAUGGACAUUGAGACGGCGGCCGUGUUCCGCGAGGCGGGCGUCAAGCUGAGGCAGUUUGUGCCGCCGCCAAAUGGACUCAUCCAGCUAGAAAACGUCGACAAGUUAGACCUUUACUGA